ACACCCCGGGAAAACAACCAGGAUCCAUCCCCCCCCUUCCCUUCCCCUCGCCAGCGGAAGACAUGAACCGGGAGCUCUGCUCCUUCCUGCGCCAGCCGCCUGAUGGCCGCCUCCGCCUGCUGCCGAAAUUCUACUCCGCCCCUUCGUCCUGGGGCAGUGUGAAUGUUUCGAACCGGCCGCUCACCGAUUGGCGGUGGGGGAGGAGACACACGAGCACUGUUGGUUUGCAGAAGAGCGGAUUCAUAGACCUGGCCCCCGGUGAGGGGUUGUUGUUUUUCGAUAGUUCGUGGAUGGAACCUUCACCUCUAUCAUCUCUUGAUGGAUAUGCUGUGGCUAAUGGAUUCGGAAAGAUGUCUACCCCCUAAAAACGGCCAUCUACGACAUCCGCCACCUGAUAAUGCGCUACGACAAGCAAUCCGUAGAAUCACGCAUCCGAGCACAGUACAUCCCGGAGAGCCUCCUCGGCUCGGAAUUCGCCAUAACGGGAAUAGUCCCAAGGUUGAAAGAUGGAGGUGCAUUCGUCAAGUUCCGCUCGCCGGACGUGGAAGAGACGGGGGCCGUCAUUGCGGAUUUCCUCAAAGAGAAGAAAUUGAAGCCUUGGUUCUCGCCGCUCAAGCGGGUUAGAGCGUUCAUUGUGAGGGGGAACCCGUGGUUGGAAGACUUGUAUAGGUUUCCGAGCACGAGGUUGAAGGUGGAGUUUGUCGGUGGUGAGGGGAGCCUUAGCCAGGAGGCUACAUAUGCGCUCUUUAGGCGGUACGGGAGGAUUGUUGACAUACUCCCUCAACCGCCAGGAUCCAAGGAAUUGCCAAAGUUUACGAUUGUGCAGUACCUCCGUAUGCGUAGUGCUACGGCAGCGAGGAAUUGUCUGCACGGGUACACGGUGCCGGAGAUGGAGGCUGCCCUUAGGAAGGAGCCCGGUGUGACAUUAAGAAUUCUAUACGAGAGGGCCAUCAAGACCCAUUGGAUAAAGGAUUGGCCGGUCAACCACCCGAGAAUUGUGAUCCCACUGGUAGCAGCGUUCAUAGCAACAUUCACCGUCGCCGUGUUCGACCCCGUGAGGACCUGGUUCAUCAAGGCGAAGAUCACUGGCGCCUUGAAUAUUUCUGACAACACAUACUAUAAUUGGUUGAAGAGAUACACAAUCGGGAUGUUACCCAUCGGGUCUAGGCACACGGACAUGGGCGACUUAUGGGCGGUCUGGGAUGAGCGAAAGGAACAAGUCGAGCAGUUGAAGGCAUGGCUGUUGGAAACGGCGGAGACCUUCAUCGUCGUGCAGGGUCCCCGAGGGUCCGGAAAGAAGGGCCUGGUGGUCGACACGGUGCUGGCACAUAGGGAGAAUGUCCUCAUCAUCGAUUGUGAACCCAUCAACGAAGCGCACGGGGAUAGUGCAACUAUCGCCGCAGCUGCAGCGCAGGUUGGGUAUCGGCCUGUAUUCUCAUGGCUGAACACCAUCAGCAGCCUGCUGGACCUGGCAGCGCAGGGAACAAUCGGGAGUUCGGCAGGAUUCAGUCAGACACUGGAAACACAGUUCAAUAAGAUUUUGCAGAAUACCGGAACGGCGCUCAAGGAAGUAGCACUUCGGGGCAAGGGUUACGACAAUAAAGACCCAGGACUCAGCGACGAUGAGUACCUCAGCGGACACCCCGAGAAGCGCCCCGUAGUGGUUAUAGAUAAUUUCCUGCAUAUGGAAGGCAAUAGCUUAAUCUACGAACGUCUCGCGGACUGGUAAUUACUUCAUCCCCCUCCUCCUCAUAAACCAUCACUCGGCACUAACCCUCCUCGCUUGAUAGGGCCGCACUCCUCGUCUCCGCAAACAUAGCUCACGUAAUAUUCCUAACAAACGACACCUCUUUCAGCAAAUCGCUCGCGAAAUCCCUCCCCGAUCGCGUCUUCCGCUCAAUCCUCCUCGGCGAUGCCCAACCCGAUCCUGCAAAGCGCUUCGUGCUGAAGCACAUCAGCAACCAACUCGACGGCGCCGCCAAUGGGAAGGCCCGUGCGGAGCUCGACGACAGCAUCCAAGCCCUGGGCGGCCGCCUAACAGAUCUAGAAUUCCUCUCACGCCGCAUAAAAGCCGGCGAGACACCGAAGCAAGCCGUCGGCGCAAUCAUCGAAACCUCGGCGCAGGAGAUCCUCAAGCUCUACUUCCUUGAGGAAGCCGGCCGUGGCCGCAAGCGCACCUGGAGCACCGAGCAAGCCUGGCAUCUCGUCAAGACGCUCGCGGAGAAGGGUGAGAUCGCCUACCAUCACGCACUCGUCCACGACCUGUUCAAGUUUGCUGGCGAGGAUGCGCUGCAGAACUUGGAACAGGCUGGGCUCGUCACCAUAGUAACGAGGAAUGGCCGCCCCUGGUGUGUCAAGCCCGGGCGCCCCGUGUUCCAGGCUGCCUUCAAACGCCUUUUGACGGACCGCGUGCUGUGCGCCCGCAUGGACUUUUUGAGCUUCGCUUCGCUGGCCAAGGUGGAGACGGCAGCCAUUCAGAGGGCGGGCGAGGAACUCGAGAGGAUUGCCGGGCUGCCGUAUCGGCCGAAGGAGAGGGUGGGAUAUCUGCUCGCUAAGAUCGCCGAGGCGCAGACCAAGAUUGACGAGUAUGAGAAGGGGAUGGGAAGGUUGAAGGGGGUGCUCAAGGAGGAGUAUUAACUCUGCUGAGGCAGGGUAAUAUAGAUUUUUUUAUGCGCUUCCCGUAUUACUAAUGGGGACGGGGGUAGUAUGAUGUAUGAUACGGUAGUUUAGCCUAGACACCGUCCCAUGGGAAAAUCUAGCGGAGGGCACAAAUACCCUACCGGCACUUCACUUU